AUGGGUCACGUACGUAUAACAUCCGAUAUUUUCAUGGGUAUGAUUGAAGCACAGCUGAACGAGGCAAUCAAGGGAACAUUUUUCUACAAAAGAUACGUGGAUGAUGUGCUCGUCAUCUUCAAUCACCCUCACGAUAUGGCAGUAUUGCUGAAUGAAUUGAACGCAGCACACCCCAACUUGAAAUUCACCAGUGAAGUGGAGAAGGCAAACUCGUUAGCUUUCCUUGAUGUCCUAAUAACCCGCAAAAGUGACGGUUCUAUCCAACGAUCUAUCUUCCGCAAGAAGACUUGGUCCGAGCAGUACCUUCACUUCAACAGUUUCUCACCAAUAGAACACGAGAGAGCCCUGGUCCGAACAUUGUUCUAUAGGGCGAGAAAAAUAUGUACAGAGGACACAAUACCAAGUGAACAGGAGAAUAUCUAUAGCGCAUUACGGGUAAAUGGUUAUCCGGAAUGUUUCGUUCGUUUUCAUAGUCGGAUAGGAAACCGGAUUCAAGCCACUACCCUUCGAGUACCAAAAAAGAGUAUCCACAUCUCGCUGCCAUACAAAAGGGAGUCAAUAAUGCAGCUUAUCACCCAGCGUAUCAAAAACGCGUUACAAAGAACCUACUACGCUGCCACAUUAAGACUCCAUCCGAACACACGGCGCCUCCCCCUCUCCCCAUUCAAAGAUCAUCGUCCAGUCGAGUCUACCUCUCAUUGCAUUUACGCCUUCGGUUGCCGCUGCAACGAAGCAUACAUUGGUAGAACCGACCGAUCACUGCGAACAAUACCUUUUCAACUUCAAGUGAAUCCGUUGUAA